AUUUGAUAAAACCCAAAAUCUAAGGAAAAGAAAAAAUCCCCAACCUUUAAGCAUUUCAAAGCCCUUUAUCAGAAAUCCCUCCCACCAGAGUCAGCCAGAUGACAUUUACACUGAAGACCCUUUUCUAUCUUAUCAGUCACCGAGAUGGAGCGAGCAAUAGUGAUUGUCACCACGCUUGUAUGUGUUUUGUUCUGUGAACAGCAGAGAGUCUUUGGGGCAGAAGUGGGCAUGAGAGUUAAAGCAGGAGACAGCAUCACUCUCUACGGUGACUGUGUCAUACCAUUAGGAUCACAUAUUUUUUGGUUGAGAAACUGCUCACAUGAGCAUCAACCAUCUCUGUUAAUAGAGGCUGAUAACCUGUUCCAGGGGACAUUUCCACGUUUUAAUUUCGUGCUCAACAGCUCCAGUAACUCCUAUGAUCUACACAUUACAAACUUCAGUGUCUCUGACGAGGGACUGUAUUAUUGUGCAAUAAAAGAAAGAAAAGUACACGAUGUACACAACAUCGUAGGCUCUGAGUACCAGUAUGGAAACAGAACAACUCGGCUAUCUCUCUUGGAGCCAGCGUCUCCUCACGCUGAGAGGUUCAACAGCACCUCCACACCUGUAUCAGAGCCCUGCUGGAACCCGCUGUUCAGUGUGUGUCCAGUGUGUGUUCUCCUCUUCUCCGCCUGUGUUCUCUGCCUCUGUCGGAGGAAAACUACAGUUGCUGCAGCAACACAGACUGAGAACAGAUAUUACAAGGGUGAAGAUGAAGUGAGCUACGCCUCACUGAACACACUUUCCAUGACUGCAGUGAAAACACAGACACUGCAGAAUUCAGAUUUCUGUACUUACACUGAGGUCAGAACCAAAAGAACACAAAGAACGGAUUUUGGAACCCACUAUAGGGCUUGAACUAUUUCACCCCUGGUAAACGAAAUCCUGGCUCCUUGCUUCACAAUUCACACUGUUCAUUAUAAUUAACCCAGGGAUUAUAAAUCAUGGGUAUUCAGAAACGGAUGUGCAUUCCGAAACCAUGGGUUAAUAUUCUCAUUUGCAUAUUUGCGGUGUCAGUGUCAUUGAUUGGACGAAUGCAGCACCUGACCUGUUUAAAUAAUGACUCUAGCUUUGCGCAGCCUCAUACUUUAUAUUUCAGACUUGCUUUCAAGCAUUGUAAGAAUAAAACAGGCUCUUCUUUAUUUCAAUACAAAUAUAUGCAAUA